AAAAUAAUGGGUAAUUUAUUUUUGACAAUAAUGCGUAUUUUAUGCCCAUUUCCAUGUUCCAUGUUUUUACUCAUUAAAGAGUGAAAAACAAGUUCAGUUUCAAACAAACGAUGGAAAAAGCUGUUGGCGGAAGAAUGUUCACAAACGCUGUCAAGAACCAGGAGUUUGAGCUCUUUAUGUACACAUGCCUCAUAACCCGAAUGGAUUGGGGUAGACCCAAGGUAGACCCCGAAGUAUGUACCAAGCGAUUCGGACAAAAGCUAGACUGCUGCGGAACAUCCACCGGUACUUAUAAAACACUCCGUGAUAGGAUCAAUAUGUUGCUUACAUUCGGUUCCUGGAGAUCCUGUGCGGUGCUUAUUUGUUUAGUCAUCCGGCUUCUGGUGAUUCAACAUCCGGAGGAUGAAUUUUUCAAGCAAUCGAAUAACGUUGGGAAUAACCUUUGCACUGACCACCACUGUCUGGAAUAACCGUCGAGACAGCCGCUGGGAGUACUUUGACUGACGGUGGUAGAACCGGGAAGAGAGAGACUUCAUAAAGAAAAUUUGGUCCUAAAAAUUGAAAAAAUCUAGUGUGGGACUCGGAGCCCGGUAACCAUAUUAUUACUACUAUUAAAAUAUGCUUAAAUAAAGA